CAGUGGGGCCCGCCCGGCGGAUCCCCGGAAGCGCUGAGCGAGGCGCUAGCGGGCAGGGGGUUGUUUACCUGGGGCGGUGGCAGGAGGUAGGAUCUGAACGUGGGUCGCGGCGGCUUGAGAGAGAACAUGGUACCGCCGUCUUUUUGCCCGGGACCGCCGCUAAGCAGCGGCAGCGCCGACACCUCCCGCUACCUCUGGGAUGAGCGCUCCCCGUGCAGCCGCCCAGGCCCUGUCUGCGGCCGCCCGGGCCGGGCGGACUGUCAGGCGGGGACACGGCGGAGCGCCCGCCCGAGCGGGGAGGAGCCGGGGCAGGGCCGGGCCGAAGCGCGCGCCGAGGCCCAUCCCCGGAAGGGGCCCACCGCCCCGCCCCGAGAGAUGGCGCGCACAGGGCCGACGGCCGGCCGCUCCCGGCCUCUAGGCCGCGUUGGCGCCGGAACGCAAGGCUUGCGCUGUGCGCCCGCUGCCGGUGACCUCAGCGAGGACGCCGCGGAGUUCAGGGUGCAGGGGCCAUUUUGAGAGCGCAGCCUAGGGAGGCCGCUCCUACGGUGGCCUGCAGGGUUCACGACGGCCCGCAGGGACCUACGGCGGCCCACGGGGGUCAGUAGGGCUCGGGCGAGCGUUGUUUUUCCGGUCAUCCGGGAACAUCCAUGUACCUCUUUACUACAUAAUACCAGAAGACUGGGUACGUCUUAAGACCUGCAAAACCAAUGUGCAGAAGACCAACUACAGCCCCAGUAGGAUGGGCCUUACGAGGUUUCACUAAUCACCCUUACUUCUGUUAAGCUGCAGGGAAUAAGGCCAUGAGUCCAUCAUUCUCCAGUUCAAUUAGUUCCUCAGGAUCAAGAAGAUACCCCAAAGCCCAUCUGCGAGGACCAAGUGGGUAACAGCCUUCACGGAUAGCAGAUCGCCUCUGUUCAGCAACAGCCCAACACCAAAUGGACAUACUUCCCUGCUAAUAAUUUUUCUAUCUUAUAAUAUUCCUGUGAACUCAUAACUGAUCUUAAACUGCUUUUUAAGAGGAAUCCAAACCCAAAAACUAAGUGAAAGACUAUUGUCACUAUGUUCCCUCUCCUUUGGCUCUUUACUGUCCUCCUCUGUGACUUUAUUGGCCCUCCCCAUUCUCAGUGGGCCCCUGAUGGUAACGUCUUCCUUCAAUGAGCUCACUCCUAUGCCAUCUCUAUGAAUCAAUCUAACUGCUGGAUAUGUGGUCAGCUCCCACUUUCCAGUGCUUCUGGUCCAACCUGGUGAAUCUCACCCCUCCAGGGAAGAGACUGGAUAGCCCUAUGAAACUUAAAGAGGAACAAAAACAAUCAAUGACCCUUAACUCUAUAGACAUAACUAACACUGAUCCAAACAAUUAUCCAUUGAUAUGAAUGCUCCUGGACAUAUGGUCAAUUUUUCCUAUAACAUGACUUUCAAUGUGCCUACAUCAUAGGCAAAACAAUUGCCUAGAAAUAGAAACUUAACCAUUAGGAAAAGGAAAGACACAUAAACACUGGGACGGCAUGAUAUGGUUGACCCCUCGGUAUGGACAGCCAAGUCCAAAAAGCGCCCCCUUUGUUGGGAACAAAGAAAUCAUUCCAAGCAGCAGGAUCCCUAUAGGGCUGGAUGCUCCCAGAACAAUGUCACCAAACUAUUGUAUUACAAGAAAGUGACUAGUUUGGGACUGAUUGGUCAAGACACCCAGCAUUUAUUGGAUAGGUCCAAAUGGAACCCAAUGGACAAGCAGCACCAGUUUGCAGACCUGAUUGCCCCCAGGCUGGGUAGAAUGAUGUACAUUACGCUUGCCAUGGACCCAAAGGACUAUUUAUAACAUUCUGCUCCCUUCUGCUAAUUUACCCUUAUUAAAAACUAUUUGGGCAUGGUCGAUGCUCCACUUGCAGUCCUGUUUGUUCCAUCAAUAGGCAAUGAAGAUAUCGUCAUUCACAUUGCCUCAAUGUGGUUUACUUAACAAGCCCUAAAUAAUAAUCUCUAUAAUAUUUCCCUGCUAAACAUAGAGGUCACCCUCAUGCCUAAAGCCAUCCUCGAAAACUAAAUGGCCAUAGACAUCCUCACUGCCUCCCAGGGUGGGACUUGUGCUAUAAUCAAAACUGAAUGCUGCACUUUUAUACCUGACAGAUCUGCCAAAAUGUUGCAACAAUAUUAUUUCAUGUGAAAAACCAGAUUAAUGUCAUAGAAACAAGUUCUUUGUCAUCUAAUUUGUGUAGUAGCUCCCCUCGGGAAUUGGGUCUUGGUUCAGGAGCAUACAACAGAAAGGAUUAUUUGUCCUUAUUCUUAUUAUUGCUAGUGUUCUCCUCUUUAUACUUUGUUUUCAUGUCUUAUCCCAACUCUGCCAACAAGAUAAUGAUGAUUACUCAGCUGAGACCUGGGAUCAUUGAAUACCUUCAAAUGCAAGCAAAACAAUUCCUUUCCUCUGCCCCAUAAUAUCUGCAACCUCCAUAGCCUGAGGCAGCCAGAAUGGUCAGACCCCAAAUCCUUCAAGAUUGAGGAAUGAACAUAAGGGGGGCUGAAGCCACUACACCAGGACUUAUUAACCCAUACUCAUUGUUGUAACUGGAUACGUCCUUGGGCUUCCUAUUGCCUCCCUGUAAUUUGAGCCCCUUAUGAUCAAUCUACCCCAGCCCCAACUAGCUCUUACUGGUUUUUAGGGAUUCCCCCAGACCAAGCUUGCACACUCCCUACUAACUGUGAACAAAAAAAAGCCUACCCAAGGACCCUCCCCCCCCUUUUUUUACAUGCUUAGGCCCCCUUUUUCUGGUCAUGCAAUGGAUGACUUCCUAUGUAGAUUCUGUGCAUACCCCAUAUGCUCAGGCUUAGAGCUUGUACUUGGAGACUGCCUCACUCUUCCUAACCCCAUAUAAACCUCACCCAACCACAUGGGACAGGAGACAGACUUGAGCUUUGCUCCUGUCUCCUUACUGGUCAACCUCACAAUAAAAGCCCUUUCUUUUCUCAAAAUUUCGAUGUCACAGUUUUGGCUAUGCCUGGCACGAAUGUGUGUCAGGCAGCGAGUCCUUGCUUAGUAACAACAUCAUUCAUUAUGUACUAUUUUGUUGUCAUUGUAUAAUUUUAAAAAUAAAUAUUCAUUGAGCUAUUCAUAAAGGAUUAACAAAUUGUACUAUCUAAACCAGGGGUUGGCAAACUAAACUACUGUUCCUUUGAGUGGGCCCUAAAGAAUAUGAUGUUUAUGGCUCCUUUCUGCUUCUCACUCUAGCAUCUCAAAUUUUCUUUUUCUCUUUCUGUUCCCCUCACUCUUCUCCUUCCCCCCACCCCCACCCCAUGUUUGCUUUCUCUUUAGUUUCUCUUUUUUGCAUAGUUGCUUACUUCUUAAGUGACCCAUUCACAGUUCCCAAAGGCAUU